AUGUCAAGAAGCCAUCUGAUUACAUACAUCCUGCUGGUUUUGAUCCCUAAUGCAGCUUCAAUUACCUUUAAUUUGCCAAAUAUCCGUCCAGACAAUCAGAACAGGGACAUUGUAACAGAAGGUGAAGGAGCUUAUAUCUCCGACAGUGGAAUCCAGGUGACCCCAGAUGGAAUUGGUUCUAUUCGAAGCCAGAAAGCAGGUCGGGCUACAUACAUCAAACCGUUUCAUCUUUGGGACAACAGAUCUAAAGAGCUUGCAAGCUUCUCUACCAAUUUCACCUUCCAGAUUGAUUCAUAUGGGGAUUCAAUUUAUGCUGAUGGCCUCACCUUCUUCCUGGCAGAGAAUAAUUCUGUUAUAUGUCGCGGUGGUGCCAUGGGGCUUCCAGUCGACGCAAUAACCAUUGUUGCCACAAACCCGUUUGUUGCAGUAGAGUUUGAUACUUAUUUUGAUGAUGGUUGGGACCCAGUAGGUGACCAUGUAGGUAUCAGUAUUAGUUCUCUUACAUCUGUUAGGCAUCAUGAUUGGCUUAGUAAUAUAACUGGUGGGGAGGUGUGUCAAGCUUGGAUAACAUAUGAUUCUGUUUCGAAAAAUCUUAGCGUUUCUUUCACUGGUUUUAAAGAUGAUAAGCCACUUGUGUACACAGUUGAUCUCAGGAAGGAGUUGCCAGAAUGGGUUAUUUUCGGGUUUUCAGCUGCAACUGGAGAUUUAUUUGAGAAAAAUAACGUAAAAUCGUGGAGUUUCACGAGUUCUGAUUUACUGGUUGAUGAAAACAAGACAAUGCCAACAAACCCACACCCAACAGUGAGUCUGCACCCGAACCCGAACCCGAACCCGAACCCAAACCCGAACCGGAUCCCGAACAUGGCCUCGAACCCCAGCCCAGAUCCAGUGGAUCACUCCAAGAGAAUGGUGCGAUUAGUAUUUGGAUUAGUGGUUGUAGUUGCUUUGCUUGCUGUGCUUGCCUUGGUGCUAUGGAGGAGGAAGAAAAAGAAGAGUCUGAAAGAUGAAGAUAAUGAACUCGGAUUUGAUAUUGAUAUGAACUAUGAAUUCGAAAUGGGCACCGGAGCAAAAAGAUUUUCUUACCAAGAAUUAACUCAUUCGACCAGUGAAUUUUCCGAGAACGAGAAGCUUGGUGAAGGAGGUUUUGGUGGGGUUUAUAGAGGUUUCUUGAAAGAUUCCAACACAUAUAUCGUAGUGAAAGGGUAUCAAAGAGUUCCAAACAGGGGAUCAAGGAGUAUGCAUCGGAAGUAA